UCCUGCUGCGGGCGGCCACCAUGCCGGGGCUGGCAGUCGAGGAGGGGAUGGAGGGCUGGAGCCCGGCCCCGCCGCUCUACGAAGAGUACCGCCCGCCGCCCCUGGAUGCCAUCCGCCUGCCCAGGUAUGUGCUGUACCUGCUGCUCGCGGCAUUCCUGGUGGUGGCCGUGGCCUACGCCAUUGUGGGGCAUCUCAUCAAGGACCUCGCCCACGACCUGGCCGACUGGGCCUUUGGCCCGAAGCCAGACCAGGAGGACGCCCCCCAGGAGCUGCGCCCGAGCCUGGAGGGGGAGGAUCUGGAGGAGCUCGAUCUGCAGCUGGCCCUGGCCUGGCGGGGCGACGAGGACCCUGGCGGGGGCACCGACGCAGCCCCCGCAGAAGCCUCCGCCCCUCCCCGCCGCCCUUCAAUUGCCUUCAAGGACCCCCCUGGCCGAAGCUCCUUCUGGAGGCUGAACUGAGCUGGGCCCUGCCCUCUGGCCUGGCCCCGGCCUUGAACUCCUCUGGCGGUUGUGUAGCCUGGACUUGGGCGCUCAGGACCCCUUGUUCCACUGAUCUGCCCUGUCUUGGCACAGAAUGUUCCCGUUCUCGGCCGGCAGGUCUCCCAGUGGUUGGCGCUUCCCGCCUGUUUCCCCCUUGGCCCCAGAGCCUAAUCCCGCCCGGCCUCCACCAAGAAGAUGUUUUUAAAAGAGUGAUAAUGGUGGCUAACCGUGACCUAGUGCUUAGCCUGUGCCUGCCGUCGUGCUCGGUGAGCCUUUUCCCUGUGAUCCUAGCGGGCAGGACUCACUUGCUCCCAUUUAACAGAUGGGACAAUGGAGGCACGAAGCCCAGAAAGGACUUGCUUGCAGCAGAGAGAUCUUUUUUGUGGCCGGAGGCCGGUUCUGUGACCUGCCUUCGAAGCAGAAGCCCCAAGGUGGGGUUCUGCCCCCGGUCUUCCGGAUCUGCUCGGUCCCCACCCCGGCCUCCUUCCCAGGCUCUGCUGCUGGGCCCCGCUCGAUCUGCCGGUCCCCGGGUUGGGGGGGGGGUCCUGACUUCCCAGCUAACCCGAGAAUUCCCGGAGGACACUGCCUGAGGCUUCCUCCCUCCCAUCUGAGCUUUGCACAGAAUAGGGCACACAGUAGGGGCUUCAUACGUACCGCCUGGGUGGUCGGGGUGGGCUCGCUUUGAACUCCACCGCUCUGCUGGGUGGCCUGUAGUCUAUAGUCAGACCGCAGGGAGGGAGGAGGCCCCAGGGAUGCGUAGGCCCUCCAUAAGGCCAUGUGCAAUGACGCUGUUAUCCCCCAGUGCCCCCCGGACCCCCUCCCCCAGGGCCCUGCAGAGACCCCCACUCCGGGCCUCCUGCCACGUGCCCGGGCCGUGGCUGUCCCAUGACAGCUGGGCUGCAGCACUCCCUCGCUUGGGCAGGGUCCCCUAUCUAAUCAGCCCCGGGGACCAAGGUUGACGGGCAGGAGAGCCUGGACCCUGAGUCAUCGGCGCCUGGUUGACCCACUCUCCAGCCAUAAGGGCGUGGGUGGGUUUGGAGAAGCCCGGUGGGCACGCGGCCCCUCGCUUCCUGUCCCUGUGCUCAUCCCAGCCUUGGCUCCGGGUGACCGGGGUUCGGAUCCCAGCUCGCAAAAUUUCCGCGUGACCUCUGUGCUCCUGGCCUCCUCGAGCUUCUCUACGACACGGGGGCAUAACAUUUUGUGGGGAGUUCGGAGACGGAGACGUAGCGACGCGUGGAGGCCCAUCGCAGCCGGGCCCCUGCCGCAGGGAGCCUGGGAGCCUGGAGGCUGGGUCCCGGGGCAGGGCCCAGGGUGGAGGGGGCUGGACUCCCCGCGUUAAUUGUUAUUUCAGGUCCAGAGUCUGAUCUCCCGGUGGGGAGGGGAGGAGGGAGGGCCCCCUCCGGGUCUGGGCCUGCCCCACCCCUGGGCCCGCCUGCCGCUGUUUCCAGGGCUGGGCAGGGCCUAGACCGGGCCUGACCUUGACUGUGCCUUGCUGCUGGCUCCUCCGCGGCCAUGGGGACCCUGGAGACCCUUUUCCUGCUCAGCGCCCUGCUCCUGUCACCUGCUGAGGCUCAGGAGGCCGCGCAGCGUCACCUGAAGCCCUGGCUGGUGGGCCUGGCAGCCGUCGUGGGAUUCCUGUUUAUCGUCUUCCUCCUCAUGCUGGCCAACCGCAUCUGGUGCUCCAAAGUGAGGGCUGAGGAUGAGGGGGAGCCCAGGUGCAGAAUAGAGACCAACCAGGAUGUGGACCUGAGUGAAAGAGACAAGAGGAAGAAGAAAGACGAGAUACAGGAGGAGAAGGAGAAGAAGGCUGAGAAGGCAGGAGAGAGAAACUUGGGGCUGGAGCUGGAGGAGAAGGAGGAGCCUGGAGAUGAUGAGACAGUCAAGAACACAGCCAUGUGAAGACUCACCACACACUUCCUCCAGGCAGCCCCCCAGAGGUACCCCUUCCACACCAUACAAGCAAUGACCUGGAUGUGAAGCCACCCCGACAUUCCACGUGGAGUUGAGAACACCACUCCCAGAAAGAAGACCGGUGGAACUCGCCCUGCCCCUCAGGGAGGGCUCUCCGUGCGCUACACGCGUGGGCUUUAUCCGCCCUCCUUCCUGAUGUGUCUGCCUAGUGAUUCCUGGACUUGGAGCACAUUCUCGGUUAUGGAGAAACCCCCAAGCCCUCUGCCAUCUCCUGGCCCCACCUACUUCUACCCACUGCCUGAUUUCUUUUCCUUCUCCCUGAUAUCUGUUGUCCAGAACCUCCCCCGUCCCUCUCCGCCCCGGGACCAGCACGGGGCCGGGGCUGCCUUCUGGGGACCUGCAUUAAAGAAUUGAUAAGAGCCCUCCAGAAGGG